CAUCUCAUCCACACUACUACGCACACUAUCACCAGUCUUGACAGACAGUCUACAUACCUCGGCCUCCUAAAGACGCUGCUAUCCUCGUGCCCGAUUUCUUGAGGCAUAGAUCGGAUCACCAAACCGCGAUCAUGUCUCAGCCCACGUCACCCUCUAUACCCGCCUUCUAUCGCAUAUUCUUUACAUAUGUCGACCCCAUAAUCUGCGCCUGGGGUGCGACCAUGGACUUCUUCAUGCCUACCACUGUCCUUUCGUCGCAUAUUCCCUCUCCCACUCCGGACAUUGGUCAUGUUAUGAUCCUGAAGCAGCGCGGCGGCGGUAUGCUGAAUUUUGGCAUUAUAUCUGCUGUUCUACUACGUUACACACAGGAUAUGAACGUUUGGCGCAUUGUCCAGUUGUCUUGCUUCGUCGUCGAUUUGGCAUACUAUUGGGCGGUGUGGGAGGUUCUGGCUAAGCAGAAGAGACUAGACAUGGGGACAUGGAGGGCGGAAGAUUGGGGAAGUAUCGGAAUCACGGCAUUUGCAGGAUUGGUGAGGCUGGCGUUUCUGGCACGAGUGGGAUUUGGUGAAGCUAAGAACAAGGAGGGUAAGAAGAACUUGUAGACCUUGAGAAAUGAUUUCGUGUGCACGCUUGUGUGUGGUAUGAAUGUAAAGGUCCGAGUCUGUACGAGAUCCCAAUAUUCAUAUUCGUUUCGACCUCUUGUUCAUUACUUCAAGAAGGUUGAAAGAGAAGAGUCAUUAAGAUAAUUCUCUUGCUGCGCCCCUUAUUGACUCUCAUAUUACUCCAGAACCCAACGUUAUCCACUCGGCUAUGUCUUCACGAUCACGCGCUAUCGUUGGUUCAUGUUCCUGAAGCUCCUGUAGCUCAG